AUGGCUGCAGGUGGAGCACCUCUUCUUGUUGUUGUUGUUGUUUUCUCCAUGCUGAUCACGUCUUCCCUGGGGGGGCCGAGGCCUUUAUGCAGCGAGUGUGAGACGCAAUGCCGUACCAACUGCACCGCGAUGGUUGAAACCUCCUGCAGGGGUUACUGCACCAGUGGUGGCGGACCUCGAUCGAGCUGCAGGAAAUACGUCUUCGAGGAUUGCAACGUAAAGGGUACCUGCUGCAGUAGCAACGGCACAUGCACUUGUGACUGCAACACUGUGGCUGAAAGGGGUUGCAUGAGCGUCAGCGACGGCACCCUACAAUGUGACCCUUGCAAGCGCAGCAUAUACGACCAGUGCGGUUCCACCUGUAGGAAUGACUGCAACAACAACUGCAAGAAGAAAGGGUGCCGCCAUGAUUAG